AUGCAUGGAUUGAGAACUGUUCCUAAUUUGGCGGUGACCAAGAUGGAUUGGAAGGCCCCGCCUCCAGGUUAUAUCAAGAUUAAUGUCGACGCAAGUCCCAUGGAGAGCAUCAGCGCCACAAGUGUGGAUGUGGUGGCUAGAGAUUCUUCUGGGUCAAAUUUGCUCGAUUUGAAGAACAAAGCAAGAAGUAUCACUAAGCUGAUUAAUAGCUUACAAAUCAACAAGAUUAGCCGCUCGGCCAAUGGGCCACGUGCCCUCCUCCUCGCAACCUCGCCGCUUCGCCACUUUCUGCGCCACCAUCGCGCCACCAUGUCGUCGCGCCGCCGGGGUGCUUCGGACUUCCGCGGCGUCCGCGAGCGCCCCAACGGCUGGUACUCCAUCAAGAUACGGGCCGGCGACGUCUGGCUCGGCCUCGGGACGUUCCGGAGCGCGCGCGAGGCGGCCCGCGCGUACGACGCGGCGGCGUGGCGCUUGGAGAGGCCCCGGUCGCAAAUGAAUUUCCGGGACGUCUUCACACGCGAGGAGGCGCAGCGCGUCGCCCCUCCGCCGCGUCUCAUCACGGACAUGGACCGUGCCGACCACUCUCGGCGGCAGCGCCGUCUCCUCGUUGCCGAGGAGGACGAGCGAGCCAUGGCGGAGUGGCGCCGUCGCCACCCAGAGGACGUCGACGCCGAGCGUGCCUACUGGGUGGAGAGGACGGCAAGGCGCCGCUCGGAGCGGGCGGACCGGCGUCAGCGGAAGGCAGUGGCGAACGAGCAGUGCGACAUCAUCUCCGCAGGUGGGAGGUCGUUCUUCACCUCGGACGAUGAACGUUGGGACGACAUAUGGCUCUCAACCUCGGACGACACCGACGAGAAUGAUGAUGGUGAUGGUAGCGACUUGGAGUAG